UCAUGUACAAGUGUUAUCAUCACGGAUCAAGCCGACGCUUCGUCCAAAAUCUCGAGUCAAAUGUUAGAAAAGCCAGUAAAAAGUUUAGAGAAUUCUGUCCCGUUUCUAUUUACAGCGCCUUUCCGAUUAUUCGGGGAGUGAAGGGCAGCAGAGAUUCAGGAGGAUCGGACAGGCAGCAGCGAUAAUAAUGAAGAUGGCUAUGAAAGCAGCACUAAUGCUUGUACUAAUAGCUAGUACUCCUAGUGAAGGAGAAACAUGGGGGGAUCAUUAUGGGAAGCUCUCAGGAGUCAUAAUACCAGGCUUUGCUUCAACACAGCUCAGAGCAUGGGCCAUGCUUGAUUGCCCCUUUUCUCCCCUUGACUUCCAUCCUCUCGAUUCAGUCUGGCUUGACACUAGAAAGGUAAUUUCUGUUGUAAAUUGUUGGCUAAAGUGCAUGAUGCUUGAUCCAUAUAAUCAAACAGACAAUCCAGAAUGCAAGUCACGACCAGAUGCUGGCCUAUCUGCUAUUACAGAGCUUGAUCCUGGUUACAUAACAGGUCCGCUAUCUUCAGUUUGGAGAGAUUGGGUUAAAUGGUGUGUUGAAUUUGGAAUUGAUGCAAAUGCUAUUUUGGCUGUUCCAUAUGAUUGGAGGCUAUCAGCUUCAAUGCUUGAAGAACGAGAUUUGUAUUUUCACAAACUGAAGUUGACUUUUGAAACAGCACUCAAGCUUCGUGGAGGUCCAUCAUUGGUGUUUGCACAUUCGAUGGGAAACAAUGUCUUCCGUUAUUUUUUGGAGUGGCUGAAGCUCGAAAUAGCUCCCAAGCUCUAUAACCAAUGGUUGGACGAUCAUAUCUAUGCUUACUUUGCUGUCGGAGCCCCUUUUCUUGGAGCAGUAGAGACCAUAAAAGCAACAUUGUCUGGUGUUACAUUUGGGCUUCCUGUCCCAGAGGGAACAUCCCGCCUGAUGUGCAAUUCAUUUGGAUCAUCGCUAUGGAUGUUGCCCUUCUCAGAACACUGUCGUAGAGAUCACAUAUAUUGGAAGAGUUUUUUUGAUGGAAUAAAGAGAGAAGGCUAUAAUGUCCAUUGCGAUGAGAAGGAAUACACAUCAAAUUUCUCUGGGUGGCCUGUGGACCUUGUAAACAUUGAAAUUCCAGUUUCACCAGAUGCUGCAUACCCUGGAAUUUCAAAAGAAGCCGAGGCUGCAACUUCAUCUUUUGAGUGUGGCAUUCCUUUGCAACAAUCCUUUUCUGCACGUGAGGUGGCAGAUGGUACACUUUUUAAUGAGAUCGGUGAUAUUGAUCCAAAUAGCAAAACUGUUCUUCAUCAACUUCACAAGUUUUAUCACAACGAUCCUGUGUUAAAUUCACUUACUCCAUGGGAUAGGCCUCCAAUAAAAAAUAUCUUUUGCAUAUACGGAAUUGAUCUUAAAACAGAGGUGGGCUAUCACUUUGCACCUAGUGGCAAGCCAUACCCUGAUAAUUGGAUCGUUACAGAUAUUAUCUAUGAGGUUGAAGGGGGAACUCUGCAAUCCAGAUCAGGAAAUCCUGUGCAUGGAAAUCCUACAAAAGCAAGUGGAGACACAACUGUUCCAUAUCAUUCUUUAUCAUGGUGUAAAACAUGGCUUGGCUCUCACGUGAAUAUAACCAGGACACCCCAGUCAGAACAUGAUGGUUCUGAUGUACAAGAAGCCCUUAACAUAGAGCGUCAACAUGGAAGAGAUUUUAUUCCAAACAUGACAAGGGAUAACCGUCUCAAAUACAUUACAUUUUAUGAAGAUGGAGAAAGCAUUCCUGGAAAAAGAACAGCAGUGUGGGAGCUUGAUAAAGUGAACCACAGGAAUCUUGUUCAAUCACCGGUGAUAAUGAGAGAACUUUGGUUGGAGAUGUGGCAUAGCUUUCAUCCUGACACAAAAACAAAAUUUGUAUCAAAAGCUAAACGGGGGCCACUUAGGGAUGAAGAAUGUUACUGGGACUAUGCCAAAGCACGAUGUGCUCUACCAGAUCAUUGUGAAUAUAGGUAUGUGUUUGGAGACGUUCAUCUUGGACAAAGCUGCAGAUUAAAAGCUUCUCCUGCAGAUCUGUUACACCACUAUCUGUGAUUAGCGCAUUCUUUAUCUACCCAUUUUUGUUGUAAAGUACAGGCAAUGCUUGUGGUUACAUUUUAUUUACCACAAGUCACCAUUCAUGCCAAAAAUAAAUCGUUCAUGUAAUUAGUGUGUGCUGCAAUAAACAACAUGCAAAGGAAAUUCCUAUAAUCCUAUUCGAUUUUCAUAUUUUUCAAGUUGUGUCCUUGCAAAUACCAUGUUUCAUUCCGUUUUCAGAGAAAAGUACUUGUUCAGCCAAUAUAUGUAUGCCACUGCAGUACCCACUAUUUUUGUUUGUUGAUAGUGUGGUCUGCUUAAGUCUCAAUUUUCACAUUACAUUUAUUUUUGGCACAAUAUUGAGAAUACCAUGUCUGAACUGAUACAGCACCUACCAAAGCUCUCGACGGAAAACAACUCAUGAAUUUUGUACUAGUGGGAAGAAUACGACCAAAAAUCUAGCUAUCCUCCAAAGUUUUCUUUUGACUUUUAAUUGCUGUUCUUUAAUUAGCAAAUAUUCAACAGCCCAA